AUGGCAUUCCAGUCCAUUCCUCUUGGUUUAUACCCACCAGGACGAACUUUUGAUCAACAAGAACAAAAACCCGGAAAUCAGAAUGUUUCUGGAACAUCAAUAAAUGGAGAAAAAGGAUUAGUUUGCUCUGUACCCCAAAUAAAUGGGGAAAAGGGCGUGGUAUGUUCUGUACCCCAAAUAAAUGGGGAAAAGGGUUUGGUAUGUUCUGUGCCACAACUAAAUGGAGAAAAGGGUAUAGUAUGUUCUGUGCCGCAGUUAAAUGGUGAAAAAGGUAUAGUUUGUACUAUACCUCAAGGUAAUGGAGAAAAAAGUAUAAUAUGCUCAUUACCACAGAUUAAUGGUGACAAAACUUUGAUAUGUGAUCAGUGUGGCAAAACUUUUGCUGAUAAGAUCAGUUUCCAUCAGCAUGCCCUAUUUCACUCAAAACCAUUUGCUUGUAAAGUAUGCAAAAAGACAUUUAACUCUCAAGGAACACUUACUCAGCAUAUGCGCAUACAUACUGGCGAACGGCCAUAUAUCUGUCAGCAUUGUGACAAAAAAUUCAAUCAGGCAGCAAAUCUGCAACAGCAUCUGCGAAUACAUACCGGAGAAAAGCCUUUCGUCUGUGAACAUUGCAACAAGUGUUUCAAUCAAAAGGCUAUUCUCCAGCAGCAUAUCCGUAUUCACACCGGCGAGAAACCUUACACUUGCAUGUAUUGUGGGAAAAAGUUUUCCCAGUUAACCAUUCUGCAGCAACAUAUCAGAAUCCAUACUGGGGAAAAGCCUUACACUUGUGAAGAAUGUGGAAGGCGUUUCAACCAGAAAACGAUUCUCGAUCAACACAUCCGGCUGCAUACGGGAGAAAAGCCAUUCACUUGCCCAUACUGCGGAAAAAAGUUCACCCAGAUGGCAAUACUUCACCAACACAUCCGAAUUCACACUGGAGAGAAGCCUUAUGGCUGUGAGCGCUGUGGCGAGAAAUUUUCUCAGAAGGCAAUAUUGGUCCAACACAUCCGUGUCCACACCGGAGAAAAGCCUUUCCCCUGCAAUUUCUGUGACAAGAAGUUCAGCCAAAAAGCAAUUCUCUUGCAACACAUCCGUGUGCACACUGGGGAGAAACCCUAUGGAUGCGAGCAUUGUGGGAAAAGAUUUCGCCAGAAGACCAUUCUCCAACAGCACGUACGCAUACAUACCGGUGAGAAGCCAUUUGUUUGUGAACUUUGUGAUGAAAAGUUCAGUCAAAAGGGCAAUUUACAGAAACAUUUGCGUUCACACUCGGGUGAAAAACCGUUUGUUUGUGAUCACUGUGGACUCAAGUUCACCCGAAAAGUAAUGUUAGAUCUGCACAUAAGAAUGAGCAUGAAAGAAUCACCAAUUACAGCAGAUAUCACUAAGCCAAUAUGUCAUUUUGGUAGUUUAACAAAUGAAGUUAAAUCAUUGAGUAAACCAUAUAUUUUCAAUGCACCUCCGAAUGAUAAGCCAAUGACAAAGCCUUGUCAUUUUAACACAUCAAAUGAUACGAAACCUGUUGCUAAGCCAUGUCCUUUCAAUUUGUCAACUGAAAAACCACCUGCUCACACUUCUCUUGCUGCUUGUGUCUCUAGUGCCAUAGCUCAAAAUGAAUGGGCUUUCCCGCAGUAA